UAUGCAAUUUUUGCAUUAUGAUUAAUGUGCAAUUAAAAAAGAGGUAUUCAAUUCCGGCUAUUCUGAAACCAUCAAGAGAAAAUAUUAAUUAAAAUUGUUCGUUAGCAAUCGGAUUUUAUCGGAAAUAAAAAGGAAUCAAGUAUAAGAGACGUUAAAGGUGAUUCAAACGUAAUAAUAUAGAAUAAUCUUGUUGAAAGAUGUUGCAAUUUUUGUUUAUUCUACUAUCUGGUAUAACAGGUUUUACUCUGGCGGGAUAUCCAGAACAUACUUCCGGAAAUGAUAUAAAUAGUGACGGCCAAUCUUAUGGAUAUGGAUAUUCUGGUAGCUUUUCCGGAGCAGAACCGAAUCUACAAAAUAUUCCAUUUAGCCAAGGAUUCGAUUUUAACAAUUUGUUUGAAAAUUUCAAUAAAUUUCAACGACAUUUAUUUGAUCAAAUUCAAUCGCAAUCUGCAUUUGUUCAAAAUAAUGCCCAAGCAAGGUCAAACUUUCCGGAAACAGCAGGUGGAUACGCAGGUGGGUAUGGUUUCGGUAAUGAAAACAGUGGAUCGUUUAGCGGGUCUUUCCCAGAGUUAUAUCCCGAUGGAACAAGCUUUCAAUUUAUUCCAGGAUCUGAUGUAACUGGUGAAUUUACACCAAAUGGGAAUGGUGCUACUGCAUUUGGCUCCGUAGGUUCUGAUGGGGUUCGUCAAGGUGCUUUUGUUUAUCCAGAAAACCCCAACAAACCUAAUGUAAACGUCAGAUUUGGAGCGGAUCAACCGUCAGAUGGUUUCAAAAGUGUUUUCACUUCCAGUUCUAGCUACACAACCAAUGUUAAUGGAAAACCAAAAACCGUACAAAAAGCUUCAACAACUGUUAAUGAUAACGGAAAGGUUACAACUUAUACACGAGAGAGUCCUCGAGAAUAAAUUUCUUUAUAUAGUUUUGUCUUUUUCCUUUGUAUUGACAAUAAACGUAAUUUAAUAUAUUGUUAAAUUUA